AUGGGCAUUCGGUGAGUGAUAAAUUUUGUGAUUAUUGACGCUUCAGUUGUUGUUUGUUUCUUUCCUGCCAAUUUUGAUCGAUGCUGUUCAGAAUUACAACUGUUUCCAUGAAUUUUCCCAUCAGCUGGGCAGUGCAGCGCUUCGUGUCAUUGUUCACGUGUUUCAAGCAAAAAAUCGUCUCAAAAAUACAUAUACUCUCUUCUAUUACUAACUCAUCCCGCAAUGAUAAAAACGAAACGAACAAUAAAAAUGUUGGCGAUUUAUCAAAUUGAAAAAAAAACCUGGAAAGAAUUUAUUCCUCAAUACUAAAAACCCAAAGAAGGAAAUGGCAUGUUUCAGUUCAUCUAUUACAGUUUCAAUUCAUCUAUUACAACGUUAAAAACUUGAAAAAAACACUAAAAAAUUUAAUAAUGUUAGAUUUUCUGAAAGAAGAAUAAAUAAAUAAAAGAAAAGGUUACGGUUUCUAUAGACGCACACGAUUUAUCUUCAGCUGGUCUCGGAUGGAAAAGAAGCAAGUGUGCCCCAUUGCGAACCGGGAACUUGUUUUUUUGAAAAAAAAACUUUCAUUUUAUGUUUUUUUCCGUUGUUCAACCAAACAUAUUCGAAUAUAUUCACUGUUAUAUAACAAAAUAUGAAAACUCACUUUGCUUGGGUUUUCUUUAAUUCAAUCGAUGAUCAUUUCUGUUGCACGAUAUGUUCCAAAAAAUACAGCAAAUCGACUAGCGUCACAGUUUUGGGAGAACAUAUAAAGCACAAUCACGAAGCGAAAUUGGACGAAUUUUUGAAUGAAGAGAAAAAGAGGAAGGAUGAAGAGGUAACAUAAUCAACUGAAUCUUGUAAUUUGAGACAUUUUUACAGAUUGUGGCUCAAGAUCUUCAAAUUUCAAAUAGCUUGCCGAUUUCUGAAAACGAAUCAAUGAAUCUACGAGUACUUCUUGCAAAGUAUGUUCAUAUUUGUGUGUCCUGUUAUCAUAAUUGUUUUAUUUUUCCAGAGCACUCGCUGUUUCAAAUAUUUCAGCAGAAUUUAUGAAAAACGUCUACUUUCAUAAGUUUUUGGCCAAACUUAAUGCAAAGUUCGCUCCUCCAUCCACAUCAACUGUUCGCCGCGAUCAACAAAGAAUCGUGGAAGAUAUGCACAAUCAGUUGAAACCAAUUAUCGAAAAUAACUUUGUAUGUUUUUCGUUCACACGUUUCACAACCAACAAUUCGAUGAACUUCUCUUUUGCAGAUCACAAUUUCGGAAGAUGGGUGGUCGUCCACCAACCAAACAUUGAAAAUUCACGCUGUACUUAUUUAUUUUGUUGAUGAUGAUUUCAAAAGAAAUAAGCGGGUGAGUAUUGAAAAUGUUGUUCAAUAUUCACGUAUUGCGAUUUUUUAGAUCUUGGGGAUUCGCAAAUGUGCCGGUGGCGAUUCAGCUGCAAACUUGUCGUCGAUGAUUGUCAAUUUGUUAAACGAAUAUUCAUCACCCUUAAAACGUCAAGUCCAGUUUUCAAUCACUGAUGGAGCUCCGGCGGUCAGGAAAUCUAUGAGAGAUAUUGGAAUCGAAAGGUUGGAAAGUAGAAAAGUUAAAAGUUUUUCAACGUUUUAUUUUUAGUUUGCGCUGUGCUUCACAUUCCGUGCACCUGAUUGUCAAAAAAUGUGCAGAAGAUCCACAUAUCUCAAGUGCUUUAGCCAAAGCCAAAGAAAUCGCUAAACUAUCGCAUACAACACAGGCGGUUAAGAACUUGUUCAUACGGUAAAUAUUUUACUUCAUCUGAAAAGUUCAUUGAAAUUGUUAAAUUUAGUAAAAAAAAUAGAAUAAUUUUUUUUUUAGCAAAAUCAGGUCUUUCUCAACAACACGAUUUUUGGCUUCGUUUUAUUUGUUGUCGGAUUGUAUUUCAUAUGUGAGUUUAAAUAAUUUAAUUAUUAAAUAUUGGUGUUUUCUCAGAGUUCUCUCAUUGCUGAAAAUGUGCAUUUGUCGAAAUUUGCUCUGUCAAAAGAAGAAAAAACAAAAGUGACUUUUUUCAUCAUGGUUGGUUCGAAAUUGGAAUCUAUAUUGAACACUGUAAGUUUGAAAAAAAUUGUUCUGCAACAAUUGAUAACUUUCAGACUGAAAAAUCCGACUCAUUCGUGAGUGAAGUUAUCCCGCAUUUUUUAUAUCUGAGAAGUUUUGUUCGAAACUCCAAAGAAUUCAGAAGAAGAAAAAACAAAUGUCAUGCAUUGGCUUUGAACUUCGACCAACAAAUUAAUAAAAGGUGAUUUUUUUUUUCAAAUAAGAAAAUCAUAUUCAAAAAAUAUUCUUCUUUAAAAAACCCCCAGUUUUCGACUCGAAAAUCUUAAUGUAAGAAAACCUACCAAAUUUGGUCUCAUUUCUUUGUAGUCUCUUCAUCAUUUGAUCCAAAAAACUUUUUUUUUUCGAAAACCGAACAUGUUUAGGAAAGUUUUUUUCAGGCUGCGUGAAUUUCGACUAACCCCAUAUAUUUGCUCGUUGUAUUUGGAUAUCAGAUUGAUGUUUAAAGUGGAUUUGGACCACUUCUAUGACUACGAAGAGAUAUCUGAAGUUAUUCUUGAUUUUAUCUGUGAGUUCAAUCCAAAAAUUAUCUGUCAAAACAUUGAUGUUUUCAGUGAAAAAUGAAUCGAAAUUCGAACACGAUGAGAACAAUCCACCAGAAAAAAUUAGAAAAGUUUCCAGCGAUUUUUGGUCGACUGUUGAAGAUUGUCCUGCUUCUCGUUCCAGUUGGAAACAAAAAAUUCAGGUUGGUUUAUUUUAUGAAAAUUAGCUUCAAAAUCUCGCAUUUUUCAAGUUAGAAAUGAGCAAAUACGAAAACCUGCUCCGAACUUCAACAAUUUCAAAAGAAACUAACAUUUUGGACUGGUGGAAAAUGAAUCAGACAAUAUUUCCGAUUUUAUCAAAGUGUGCCAAGAUGAUGUUCUCGUGUCCUGCUUCUAGUUGUGAUUGUGAACGAUUAUUUUCGUGAGUUUUUAUAAGCACUGAUUUCCGUUUCAAAAAUUCAAUUUUUAGACAGGCUGGCUUAUUGUUGAGCAAUAAAAGAAGAUUUUCAAUGAGUGUGGAGUAUUUAGAAACGUUAUUGACGCUGUCGAAUGAUUUGAAUUUGGAAGAUUCGAAGUUAGUGGAAGAUUCGAAGUUAGUAAAAUAUUUCUCAAUAAAUCAGAUUUUUUCAGGAAGUUGAUCAAGGAGGGCGAAGAAGAGGAGUAUUUUGAUGUCACCGCAUUCGAUAACACCAUGAUCGACGAAGAUGAACUUUUGCAUAUUUCAGAAGAUGAAGAUGACGAUGAUGAAGAUGAAGAAGAUGGUCAAGAUUCUGAUAAUGCAUCUACGGAUAAUGAAGAUGAUGAGGAAUCUUCGAAUGACGAUGAUAAUGAGCAAAACAAAGAAGACGAGCAUGAGAAAAGUGAUGAAAAUGUGAAUAUUUCGGCAAACAACGACGGAACAGAUGCUGACAAAAUUGCCGAAAGUUAGCUAUAUUUUCAAAAGUUUUCUAUAAUAAUUUGUUUUGAAAUAAUAGUUUUGGUUUUUUUCACAACAAACACGAAAUUCCCAUCGACAAAAGUGGAUUAAAUGUAAUUGCUUUAAAAAACACAAAAAAAACACAUAUGGAUGUGGUUUUUAGUUGAAAAAUUAUCAACGCGUGAUUGCGCAUGCCGGGAAAUACAAAAACCUCAACUUUUGGUCUAUUCCACAUUGAACAGAAGUUCUGGGAUGAAGCUGAAGCUCCGCACUUAUAAAAAAAACAUAAACUAACACCCAACAUAAUUUUCUCCAAUUUACAGAUCGAUUUUGAAAUUUUCACUGAUAAACUCUGCGGAUUCACGUUUUUUCUUUCGAAAAUGUCAAUUUUUGAUGCGAUUUCGAACAAAAAUUGAUAUUGUCACCACUUAGAAGUGAAGAACGGGAUUUGGUGUCAACACAGGCAAUGAGAGCGUCAGAACGCCACCCGAUUUUAUUGAAAAUAGUUGAAAAAUAAAAAACUUAUUAUUGUUUGCAAAAAAAAAUAUCUCGAUAAAUGUAUAAUACCCUGGCGUCAAUAAUCACAAAAUUUAUCACUCACCGAAUGCCCAUGUCUGAAACCCGGUUUAAAAAAACAUAAACUAUCACCCACCAUAAUUUUCUCCAAAAUUGGAGGGGCCUUCAAAAGUUUGUUCCACAGAAAAAUGUUCCCCGUGCCCAAAUACCUCAUUUUUAAAAAAAAUUGUUUUUUUUUGGUGAAACAUGCCUUUAAAAGUCAUUUUCGGACCGAAUUGUUAUCACCACGAUGUUCCCGGCAUCGAAAAACUACUAAAAUUUGAAUAUCAAAAAGUUUUAUUUUUGGUGAUAUGUUCCUUUAAAAGUCAUUUUCAGACAAAAACAUUAUCACUGCGCGAAUCCCCAUAUCUAAAAACCCAAAAAAUCCAAGUUUCAGAUCAAUCAGAUGAUAUUGAUAAUUUAGUGAUAACAGCUGAUAAGAGCUUCUGGGAUAAAGCUGGAGCUCUAAACUUAUCAAAAAUAGUCUCUACUAGCUUCAGACAUCAUUUUUUCCAAGUUUCAGAUCAAUCAGAUGAUAUUGAUAAUUUAGUGAUAACAGCUGAUAAGAGCUUCUGGGAUAAAGCUGGAGCUCUAAACUUAUCAAAAAUAGUCUCUACUAGCUUCAGACAUCAUUUUUUCCAAGUUUCAGAUCAAUCAGAUGAUAUUGAUAAUUUAGUGAUAACAGCUGAUAAGAGCUUCUGGGAUAAAGCUGGAGCUCUAAACUUAUCAAAAAUAGUCUCUACUAGCUUCAGACAUCAUUUUUUCCAAGUUUCAGAUCAAUCAGAUGAUAUUGAUAAUUUAGUGAUAACAGCUGAUAAGAGCUUCUGGGAUAAAGCUGGAGCUCUAAACUUAUCAAAAUUGUCAUCUACUAUCACCAAACAUCAUUUUCUCCAACUCCCAGCUCAUUCUGAUAAUUUUGAAAUUUCACUGAUUAUCACUGAUAACAGCUUCUGGGAUGAAGCUUAA